AUGGAUUUUAAUGUCUUUGCUUUAGAUAGUUAAACAAGCUAGCAAUUAUGCUAUAAGACAGUGAGGGACAUGAAGAAGAAGAAUCUCAUAAGUACAUUGUGGCAAAUAGUAAACAAAAUGUCUAGGAAAAAAGAGAAAAAGGAUAAAUGGAUUAAAAAAAAGGAAAGUGAGUUUUCUAAAAACAUAAAUAGAGGUGCAUUGUCAUGUUUUGCAGAGCUGUGCACUGAAUUAGCAUGUAAUAAUUAGAUAAAGUAAUAAAUUUUAUACUAAAAAUAGGGAAGUCAAUCUUUCUAGAUGUAAUAUAAAUAUUUACUAUGCAAUUGAGUUAGCAAAUUUGGUUUAGAAGAAUACAAACAUCUAAGUAUUAGAUUUGGCUGGAUGCAAUCUUAAAACGUUUUCUUUGAGUUGUAUAUUUAAAUCAGUACAUUAUACAAUUUGAGUAGAUGAUAGAUCAUACCGGUUUAACUCGUUUAAAUUUGUCAAACAACUAGGGUUUCACCUUUUCAUCAGCAUAGGAUUUUUGUCAAUAUGUACUAAAAGGUAAAAACCCUUUAAUUGAAAUCAAUUUGAGUUUUUGCAAUCUAAACAAUAUUUAGUUGUCUCUCAUCCUUCCUAAUCUUAAAUAUUUGAAAUCUCUAAAGUAAACAUAAUUAAUUAUUUAAGACGUUUUAUUAUUUCCAUUGUCAAAUUUACAUCAUCUGAAAGUAUUCUAGCUUUAAGGAGUGCAAUGCUCAAUUACACUGGAAAUAAAUCACUUGAUUAUUUAGAUUUAUCUUGGAAUCGCAUUAAAAAUGAAGGUUUAGAACUCUUAAGUUAGGCAUUAUUUAUAUCUGUUAGAUAAAUUAAUAUUAGAUCACUUAAUCUAGAAUACAAUUAAUUAACUUAAGAUUGUCUUGAAUUCUUAGAAGCUAUUCUACUAAAAUUGAAUAUUGAAGAAAUCAACUUAUCCAAAAAUAGAUUCUCUGAAUUUCAAAAUUAAACAUUAUUAGAAAAAAAAAUGACUAAAAUUGAUCUUUCAUAUAACAGAUUUGAAGAAAUUCCUAAUAAUUUCUUUCUUAAUGUUCUUUCAUUAAAUCUAUCAAAUAAUUUAAUUAAGACCUAAGGAGCAUAUCAAAUUUCAUAAGUUGUAAGUUCUAAGAAAGUUAUGUGGAUGGAAUUGAAUUUAAAUGAUAAUGAAAUAUCAACAUAAGGAUUUAUAUCAAUCAUUUAUGCACUUAAAGAAAAUUAAUAAUUAAUUAGUUUAUCAGUUGCCGAUAACGAAAUAACUGGGGAAGGAAUAUUGGUUUAUAUAUUCAAUCAUGAAUAAUUAAAUUUAUAAUACUUGGAUCUAUCUAAGAAUUAUCUAAGAUAUGAUUUAGUUUAUGCAUUAAUAUCUAUGAUGAAGGAAUGUCAAUUAAAAACGUUGGUAUUAUCCAAUUUAAGAUAAGAUGAAAAUGAUAUACGUAGUAGAAGAGAAGAAUUAUUUGAAAUAAAAUGUUCUAAUUUAAGAAUGCUUGAUCUUUCUGAAAAUAGCUGUAUGAUAUCUUCCCUACUCAAUUCAUUAUCUUUACAAUACAAUCGAGUUGAAUAUUUAAAUUUAAAUGCCUGUUAGAUAAGUAAUAAAAAAGAUUUAAUUGAAUCUUUAUCUUCUUUUUUAAAAAGAACACUAAGUCUUUAAACUUUAUUGUUAGCUAGAAACAAUUUAGGCAAUUUAGAUGAAGAUAGUUUUAAAAGUUUAAACAAUGGUUUAUCUUAUAAUUAAUCACUAACACAUUUAGAUUUAUCAAGUAAUAAACUUAAAUUAAAAAUACUUGAUCUUAUUGAAGGUUUAACUAAAUGUAGAUAUUUAAAGUUCUUAAAUAUUAGUAAUAAUCUAAUUUAUGAAACCAAAAGUCUCAUUUAGAACUUUCCCUUAAUAUUUUAAAACCCAAAUUUAUAAUCUAUAGAUAUAUCAAAGAAUUAAAUAGGAAGUCAAACUUUAUUAAGUAUAAGAUAAUAUAAUUAUAAUCGCCCCUUUCCUCAAAUGAAUUUAUCAAAAUAAUAAUUUACUGCUGAUGAUUUACAUAUAAUUACAUAAAUAAUAGCUGGAUGUUAAUCAAUUAAAAAAUUAGAAUUAUCAGAUAAUGGUUCUCUUGAUUUUAUGAACAAUGUUAUCACGUAUGGUGAAAAUGUAAAGGUAGAAUCUUUAUCAAUAAAUAAAAUUUUAUUUCGAGAAGAUAGUUUCUCGAAUUUAUUAUUAACAAUCAAAUAGAAUAUUAGACAUAUAAAAUUUUUGGAAAUAUCAAAUACUUUAUUAUUUUAAGAAUAGCUUAUAGAAUUAUUAUCUUAAAUAAGUGAGAUAAAAAAUCUUUCGGUGAUAAUAUUAGAUUAUUAAUCAUUCAGAGAUAAAGAUGAAAAAGUACUUGAAGCAUUAUAUUCUUGUUUACAUUGUUUUCGUAAUUUAAAACAUUUUAGUGUUAAAAAAUCUACAUUAAGUAUGCCAUUUUAUAUAUUUGUUUCUGAAUUGUUAAGAAAAUCAAAUAAAUUAUAGGAAUUAGAUUUGAGUGGAAAUGUUUUAAAUUAAAAUGAUUUUCAGAUUUUAUGUGAUGGAUUAUUUGCUAAUACAAGUGUGACAAGUAUAUAUAUAAUUAAGUAGAUAGCAUUGAAUUUUCGAAAUUGUAAAUUAACAAACGAAUCCUUUUUGUUAUUAAUGCCUUGUUUACAUGCUCAUUCAUAGAUAAAGAAUCUAGAUAUAUCUUAGAAUGAUAUUACGAUGACAAUCUUAUAAAAGAUGGAAUAAUUAUUAGGAGGAAAUAAAUGUUCAUUAUAGAAAAUAAAAAUAUAAAAUAUUUAAACAUAUUGGGAUGUUAAUAGAAUUCCUUAUUCUACUAAAUUUAGUAAUCUGUUUUAAAAUUUAAAUAAUAUUGAUAUUUCUUAGAAUAAUAAAUAAAAUGAGAAUUUUAUGAUGUUAUUGGAUGGGUUUAUAAAAAAUAGAAUUUUAUAAAAUAUUUAGAUAUUGAGUUUAAAUAAUUGCGAAAUAAAUCAUAAAUAAUGCUAGAUAUUAGUAAAUUUGAUAGAAGGAAAUUAAAUAAUUUAAGAGAUUUCUUUAAUAGAUAAUAAAUUAGAAUAUAAAGGAUUUAAGACAAUAUUUGAUCCAAUUUUAGGAAAUACAAGUAGUUUAUAGAAAUUGAAUGUAUCUGGGUAUGAAAUAAUAAUUAUAAUAUUAGUAAUCAAAUAAAGAAUGAAUAUUUUAAUGAGUUGACAUCAGCCUAGAUAGUUUAUUUGAAACAUUUUAGAUUAUUGAUAAUGGAUAGAAAUGAUAUUAGAGGAUUUAGAGUUUCAGGUUUAAUGACAUUAUUAUAGAAGAAUCCAAAAUUAUAUAUAUAUAAUGAAUGGUGUGAAAUAACAGAAGGUUUAGCAAAAUAGAUAGUAGAAUAGUAUGUGAUAUUUAUUAAUGAUUUUAAUAUGUCAAAAGGGAUUCCAACUUAUUUGACAUCUUUAAAAAUAGAGGAUACAAAAUUGAGUGAUUAAUUUUACAUAUGGUUCGGAUCUCAAUUUUUUAGAUUGCAAUAUUUGGAAUCAAUCAAUUUUAAAGGUAGUUCUCAAUAGAUGACAAGUUUAAGCAAGAUGCAUAUGUAUAUAGAUAUAAUAAAUGAGAAUUUUGUAAAUUAUAAUUUGAUAGAAGUAUGUUUUGAAUAAAAUUAAGAUAAUGAGUAAUAAGAUUAUAAUAAUUAUUUAGACCAAAUCAUUUUGAUGAUGGAUUGUUUAAAUAUUGGUUAUAAAAUUUAAAAGACUUUUUAUAAAAUAAGAAUCGCAUAUCAUUAUAAAAGAUGGGUGAGGAGAGAAACAGUAAUGUAGUAAAUGAAAUAGAAUAAGUACGUUGGGGUAAAUUAGGUAAAUGGAUUGUUCAUAUAAUUAAUACAACUUUGAAUUUAAUAUAAACAUAAAAUUAUGAAUUUAGAUUUAGUAGUUCAUUACAUAGUUAUACACGCAAAUAAUUAACAAGAAUAAGAAUAAGUCUAAUUGCUAGUACUAUUAAUGAAAUAAUUAAAAUCUCUUUAGGUAUUGGUGCUAUUUUAAUGCCAGGAUAAUUAGAAGUAGCUAUUUUAAAAUGCUAAAAUUAAACCAAAUGUUUUGGAAGUGAUAUUAAUUUAGCAUUCUAUGGAGAAACUAUUAUAAUAUUCUUUUUAGUAUUAUCACAAUCAUGUUACUGUCUUUGGUUUUCAAUAUAAAUAAGAUUACAUGCUACUCCUGAUUAUUGUAUUUAGACACCAGAUAAAUUAAGAUAUUAACAUUUUAAAUUUGCACAUAAAGAUGAAAUUUGGUUAUAUCUAUUAUAAUUAAUAAUUUCAUUUAAUUAUUUAUUAGAAUGUAAAAUAAUGGGAUCUAUUUUUGAAAUGAUUUCAUUAAUUAAUUCAAAUUCAAUUGAUUUUGGUGAUGUCAAAUAUAAUCUAAUUUUAUUACUUAGUUUUAUAGCAUCCAUUAUUUUAUUCAAAACUAUUUUUUAAUUGUAUGUGACUAUUAAAGCAUUAUUAAUCUUCCUUUAAGCACCAAUUGCUGAUUAAGCUAAAUUGUUUUAAGCUUGGUUUGUUAAAGUUUAAGCUGAUCAUUUACUUAAUCUUGAAAAUGUUCUUAAGAAUUAUUGUCCCUAAAGUGGAAUAUAUAUAAAAGGAAAGUUAUGGAAUUAUAAUUAACUAUUUGAACCUAUUCUAGGAAUAUUAGAAUUAUGUCUUCUUAUUUGUAUAGCAGUACUAACCUAAUUUAGAAGACAAUUCUUUCUUAUACUACAAUUUCAAUAAUUAUAUACUACUGUAGAUAUUUUAAUUUUAAUCUUUCUUACCAAAACAUUUAUUAAAAUUACUAAACAUUUCUAUUGUGCUCUAUUAUCAAGACCUCCAUAAUUAAAAGUCUCUGAUUUAAAUGAAGCUCUAUUAAUUAGACGUUAUUAAAAAAUGGAAAAUUCAUUAUAAAUUGUCUAAAAAUAUCCUAAAAUACCUAUUAAAAAAUUUAAGAUCUCCUCUUCAUAAUCUAUAGGUAAAAAAAGUAGUGCCGAUUUCAAAUUUGGAGGUUUAACUAAAACGAAAAGUGAUCGAAGUAUUAUUAUUUAAAGAGAAAACUUAAAUGAAAAUGAUGAUUCUGAUUACAUUCCUGAACCCAUUUAGAUGCCCAUUGCACCCAUUUAAUAUAAAUCCAUUAAAAACAUAUAAUUCAAAAACACUUGA